UGUCUUUCCUCAGUGACCCUUCCAGGCCGAGGAGAUACCACGUCCACAUCAUGGCGAAAGGGUCUGUGCUAGCUUCGUGCGUCCUUUUGUCGUGCUGUUUCGAACCGGCGACCCCGUUCCUCCAGGUCGGUAUAGGAGCACGAACGUCGCAUGUUGCACUUGGAAGCAGACAGCAGCAUGUGCAGCAUCAUGUGUCGCGGAAUCACCGCCGGCAGCUCCAGCGAGAGACCGUAAGGUGUUUCUUCAGCUUCGGGGGGGGCGCUAUAAAGGGCCCCCCAGCCAACUACGACGCGAUCGCGGCUCAGGCCAUCGCUGCUGUGCAGGCGGGGCUCAAGAGCGGAGAGAAGGCCAUGGAAGUCGAGUUUCCCCCGCUGGCCUCCCUGAACAAGAUUAACGACGGCAGCGCCAAGAAUCGAAGACUGGCGCGGGAGAACACCCUAAGUUUCGCAAAGAAGCUGGUCGGUGCGAUCGGCAAGAGCAAGAAAGCGUACGUGGUGUGCUGCCAGCCGGGGGCGAAGGCCGACUUCGGUAGCGGGGUCAGGGGAGCAGCCGACGUGCGCGACAUCAACGCCAAGAACCUGCCGCCGGCCAAGGCCGGGGACGUUGUGGUGGUGGUGACGCCGGCUGACCAGGGCCAGUGGAAGCUUGCAAAACAAAUGGCCGAGACAACCACUGUGGUCAUUGUUAACGGCGUUUUCGUGAACGGCUACGUGCCCUUCGAGCCGGUGUACUACUUCAAGCCUAUCUCCGGGUGGGGUUCCGUGGUUCGUCAGUACCCGGGUCCUUUUACAGCCUACCUGGCUAACUCGAACAAAGUGGUUCCUUGCGAUGCAGGACUUGUGAAGCAGGGAGACAUCCGAAGACCAGAUCUAAGGAGCGCUGCCAAUGCCCUCAGCGCGGCGUUUCGAGAUCAACAGGGAGCAGCAUAGCCCACGAAACAUAGCGAUAAAUAAUGUCACGGCACCCUCAGAUUCACCAUGGCAGGCAGACGUGAUAUAAUGCUGGCACACAGGGAAUGGAACGAGCCGUGAUUUGUGCUUUUUUUUUAUGCGCAGCAAGCAACAGCAGCAGAGGAAGCUGCACGAGUGAAUACAGGCAGCGAUUCUGCAUCGUGCUGCGUGAUUGUGUCAGGGCGUCUCCCUCGACCCUCGCUGUCUUACCAUACAUAGGUUCUUGAGAGGCAGACUAUUCGUCCUUGUUCAAGGUGGGGUAGUGGUAUUGAAUCGCUGCAGUGGGGUGCGUUCGAUAUCAAGGCGGGCACGCAGUGAGACGACGUGUGCAAGACUUUGGUAGCUAGAGAUGACUUCUCAGAGGCGGGCAGUGAUGGUUGAGACCUUGGCUAGGGGUUAC